AUGAGCAAAGGUGACGAUGACUAUGACUAUUUAUUUAAAAUUGUACUUUCAGGUAAAGACUAAUUAAAUAAAUAAUAAAGGGGACUCCGGAGUUGGAAAAUCCAAUCUAUUACUACGAUUUACAAAAAACCAAUUUAAUCCAGAUUCCAAAACUACUAUAGGCGUUGAAUUUGCUACUAGAUCAAUUUCAAUAUCUGGGAAGAUUAUCAAAGCUUAAAUCUGGGAUACAGCAGGACAGGUAAAGUGGAUAAAUAGAGCUUAGGAACGCUAUAGGGCAAUUACUUCUGCAUAUUAUAGGGGAGCCAUUGGUGCUGUACUAGUAUAUGAUAUAACAAACAAACAAAGUUUCGAUGCUGUAGAAAGAUGGAUUUAAGAAGUGAGAGAAAAUGCUGAUAAAGAUAUUGUGAUAAUGAUUAUAGGGAACAAAUCAGAUUUGAAGCAUUUAAGAGCAAUUAGAUAAGAGUCGGGUCAAGAUUUGGCUCAAAUGUACAAGGUAGCAUUUAUGGAAGCAAGUGCUUAAGAUGGUAGUAAUGUAGAUUAAGCCUUUACAUAAAUUAUACAAUGUUAUAAAUUCUAUAUAAAUUAGAAAUUUAUCAGAAUCUAACAAAACAAUUAUAAAAAUAUGAUUAGAUGUCUCAUUUACAAGGUGAGAAAUUGGAUUUAGAAAUUACAAACUCUGGUAAUAAAAAGUAAGGAUGUUGUUGA